CAAAAAACUGUUUUUGUAUGAACAAUUUUCUAGAAAAAAGGGUGUCGGUUUUCUACGCUACAAAAAGUAAAUAGUAGAGCCCGAAAUCACGUGAAUUUAUCCAUAAAUUGUUGUUAACAAUAAUAAACAAAUUUCGUAAUUUUACAAGCCUCUUUUUAAAAAGCAAUUUGUAUGAGGAUAUGCGGCCAUGUUGAUUGGUGUUUGUAUAUUGAAAAUAAAAGUGUAGUGUCAUCAAGUGAAUAGCAAAAUUUAAUUUAUCGAGGACCACAUAAUAUUGUUAUAAAUAAUCCCCUUCAAUUGGCUCCUGUUGCAAGCAAUUUUGGUUUUAAAACGCACUAGGAAUCAAGGCUUUUGCUUAACAAAAUUGCUGAGUUUUGGGCUUUAACAACACACAACGACAACAAGCAGCUUCAAAAUGCGUCGCAAUUCGCACGAUAUGCAAGUUAAUGUUGCGGGUAUUCGUAGAAACCUCAAAAAUUUCGCUCACAACUAUUCAGAUGCGCAAAAAAAAGUACGAGAAGCCACCUCGAACGACCAUUGGGGUCCCAGCAGUACUAUUAUGGCCGAAAUUGCUGAUCUAACUUAUAAUGUGGUGGCUUUUAGUGAAAUAAUGCAAAUGGUUUGGAAACGAUUAAACGAUCAUGGUAAAAACUGGCGGCAUGUGUACAAGGCCUUGGUUCUAUUAGAAUACCUUAUUAAAACUGGUUCAGAAAAAGUCGGUCAACAAUGCAAAGAAAACAUUUACGCAAUACAAACCCUAAAAGACUUUCAGCAUUUGGAAGAAGGCAAAGAUCAAGGACAAAAUGUCAGAGAAAAGGCUAAGCAACUAGUAAACUUGUUAAAAGACGACGAAAGACUGAAAAACGAACGCGCCAGAGCUCUAAAAGCAAAAGAACGGUUCGCUCAAAGCACCAGCGGAUUUGGUAGCGAUGGAGGUUUGGAUACCCCAACCAGUCCUAGGUAUCCUGCAUUUAGAGGCGAUUGGAAUACAGUUGUUAGAGACGCAGCCGAAUUACCAAGAGAUAUUGAAGUGGCCAGGCCUCAAACUGCAGGAGAAGAAGAGCUACAGCUCCAAUUGGCACUUGCUAUGUCAAGAGAGGAAGCUGAACAAGAAGAACAAAAACGAAAAUCGGACGAUGUUAGAUUGCAAUUGGCAUUGAGCCAAAGUCAACAAGAUUUCAAGAAACCAGAAGGGGCUCAAAGUCAUUUGGUUGAUUUGUUGGAUGUCAAUUUGGGUGGGGAUCCUACUCCUGUUGAUCCUUGGGGUAUGCCACAACCACCUCGGCCACAGCAAUCAUCGCCAUGGCAAGCUUCAGCUGUUUCAUCUCCUGCGCCGCAUCAACCAGCACCAGCUUUAGCUGAUCCUUGGCAGCCUUCCGCAUCAGCUCCUCAACCCCUUCAAUCGAAACCAGAUCCCUGGGGAUUACCAGGAGCAACAGCUGCAGCAGCUCCUGCUAGUCUGUCGCCUGUAAGGAAAGAUCCUUGGUCGCCCACUAGUCCAGGAUCAUCAACAGAUUUAGAUGAAUUUGAUAUUAUAACAAAUAGAAACAGACCUAUAUCGCCCAAAACCAAUGGCAAUUCGACGACAAACGACCCAUUCGAGCUGAACCUUUUAGGUGAAACUUUGCCUAAUUCUGGACCCAGUCCAACGUUGGGAUUGGGAGCUUCAAAAAAGACACCACAAAGUUUCCUAGGAGAAAACUCUGCCUUAGUCAAUUUAGAUAACUUAGUUACAACUACUACAAAUAAGCCUAACAAUCCGACAUUGAUCGCCAACCCCUUUUCCGAUCCAGCAGUGCCUCAACCUCGUCCAGUUUUCAAUACGCAACCUCCAAAACCGUCGAUCAACGAAAUCAAACAGCAAUCGUAUGCGCAGUUUGGGCCUCAGGCUCAACAGCCUGUAGGAUUUGGCGCUGUUGCACCGGUGUUUGGCGCCAGUACGGCCUCGAGUUUCUCUAGUGCGCCUGCGCAGGAUCCUUGGGCACCAGCGCCCAGUAAUUUGAAUGGAAACGCGCCCUGGAUGAAAACAACUGAGCCUGCCAAUCCAUUCUUGUCUUAACGUUGAAACUGGAGCAAUAAAACAAAAACGGACUAAUUUUUACAAAAAAAUUAAAAUGGUGCAAAAUUAAUAAUGUAGAUAGUUUUUUUUUGGGAUGGCCGUCAUUUAUUAAAAACUUUUAUACACCUUUGAUUGUCAUGUGUUGGCCAAUUUAUAUUUUCAACUUGAUGAACUUGGCUUACAUUCACACAUAAUUUUGAAAAAUAAGUUUGCUUUUUUAAUUCUAGUGCUCAAAUUGUUUGAACAAGAAAUAUAAAUUGGUCAAUGAAUAUUUUCCUUUGGCUCAUAGUUAGACAAACCAAUAUAAAAUGAAUAAUACAUCCGUCGCAAUUGAGACUGAUGAGUUUAUUGUGGGGUCAAAAGAAUGUUUUAAACAACGAAUUUAAAUAAUAAAUACUAGGGGAUGGAACAAUAUCAAACAACCCCCAAUUAAUAAUCACUCUUGAUGUUUUAUAUAAUUUGAUUAUUGUUUCACAAACCAUAAUUAUUUUCAGUAUUUUAUUAAUUUGAUUGGAAAAAAAAAUAUUUAUUAUAUAAGAUUUAUAUUAAUUGUUGCUUAUGAUUAUGUUUCGUUAUAUUGUGUAAAAAUAUUUUGAUUUUUUUAAAAUAUAUUAUUUGUAAUUAUUACUUUAUUAUUAUAUAAUUUCUAUUGUAGUGUAUAUAAAAUAAUUGAAAUAUUUAUGAAAAGUGGUAUGCAAUUUAUUAUUUUUUACACAAUUAUUAUUAUUAUUAUUACUAUUAAAUUGUAUAUAGUAUUAUUUUUAGAGCCAGGAUUUUGUAUAAUAAGAUGAUGGUUUUAACAAUGGUAUAAUGGAAUUUAUUGUAUCAUGAUAAUAGCUAUUUUCACUUACAUUCAUAAUAAGAAAUAAAAGCAUAAAAUCACAA